AGAAAGUUAGGGAGCCCAGGAGCUUCAUAAAUGGGGAUGGUGGUGGAAGAUGUUACAUGCAGUCCCAGCAAAGACUCAUCUUGUUUUAAAAUUGUGUCUCUUGGAUCCUGGCUGUGCCCAAGCAUAGCUGUUCCAUCAAUAUGGAGCUCUUACAUUUCAGUAGCUUUGACUUUAUUACAGAUUGGAUUUGAUAUAUUUCUGGCCCCGGAAGUACUAUCUGGAGACUAGAGUGGCUGUGAGAAAUAUAGACAUUCCCAAUCAAUCUUAAAGACUUCUCUGUGUCUGCUUUACUAAAUCAUUUCUGCUGACUUCAACCAUGGUGUCAAGUGAUAACUUUUCAAAUGUGAUCACUUAUCUUGUCUCUGCAGGAGCAUCCAUAUUUCUUCACCUACAGGAAUAGUAACUAUUCAUCAUUUCCCAUGGAGCUGCAGAUUGAACCACGGUCUCAAGAAAGGAGCCUUGGCACUGCUAUUCCAUGUUCAGAUCGUACCCCUUCAGACACAAUUCCUGCCUCAGUUCAUAACUUGAGGCCAGGAGACAUUAAAGUUAUAAGUGCCCUUGGAGACUCAAUAACCGCAGGAAAUGGAGCAGGAUCUUCACGAUUAAAUGUUAUAGAUGUUCUAACACAGUACCGAGGCCUUUCAUGGAGUAUUGGUGGAAAUGAGGACAUAAACACAGUCACAACAUUAGCAAAUAUUCUCCGGGAAUACAAUCCUUCUCUGCGAGGCUUUUCGACUGGCAAAGGAUCAGAGACCACAACACAGGCUUACCUGAACCAGGCUGUAGCAGGAGCCCGCUCAGAGGAUGUCCCAUCUCAGGCCAGAAGACUAAUAGAACUGAUGAAGAAUGAUCCUAAAAUAAAUUUCCAAGAAGAUUGGAAGGUCAUAACGAUUUUCAUAGGAGGAAAUGACUUGUGUGAUCAUUGUAAGGAUCUUGUACGUUAUUCUCCUGAAAACUUCACAAGCAAUACACAGACAGCUUUGGAUAUACUUCAUAAAGAGGUUCCUCGAGCAUUUGUGAACCUGGUGACAAUUCUUCAUAUUACAGUUCUAAGGGAACUUUAUCAGGAGAAAAAGGUUUACUGCCCACGACUGAUUACAAGGAAUCUGUGUUCUUGUGUUUUGAACCCUGCUGAUAAUUCCGAUGAAAUUGAUAUAUUGGAGUCCUUCAACAAAAGAUACCAGGAGCAAACCCACAACUUAAUCAAUAGUGGAAGAUAUGACACAAGAGAAGAUUUUACUGUGGUUGUACAGCCACUUUUUGAAGAAGCAGAAAUGCCAAUGACUCCGGAAGGAUUGCCAGAUUCUUCAUAUUUUGCCCCAGACUGCUUCCAUUUUCAACAGAAGGCGCACUCCCAGGCUGCCCGUGCUCUAUGGAACAACAUGCUGGAACCUAUUGGGAAAAAAACAAAACUGCGAUCAUUUGUAACUGAGAUAAACCUUGUGUGUCCAAAUCAGACUCAGCCAUAUUUGAUGACAUACAGAAACAGCAACUAUACUUACCAGAACGAGAAGACUGAAGAUUACGGAAGCCAGUUGCUAUGUGAUGAUAGAAUGCCAUCCAUCAACAAUCCUACUUCAGUUCACAGCCUGAAACCAGCUGAUGUGCAAGUAAUAGCUGCCUUAGGGGACUCCUUGACUGCUGGUAAUGGUGUUGGCUCAAAACCAAAUGACAUAUUGGAUAUGAUUACACAGUAUCGUGGUCUGUCUUGGAGCAUUGGAGGAGAUGCUUCAUUACAGAGUGUCACAACUUUGCCUAACAUCUUGCGGGAGUUCAACACCCACCUCACUGGUUACUCAACUAACAAGGGUGGCCCAAGUGACAUGAAUGCCUUUCUUAAUCAAGCAGUUCCAGGAGCAAAGGCGGAGGAUUUGCCAGACCAAGUGAAACAACUUGUGAAAUUAAUGAAAAGCGACUUGAGAAUCAAAUUUGACACUGACUGGAAGGUCAUAACUGUAUUUAUUGGAGUCAAUGAUCUGUGCAACUAUUGCAAAGAUAUGAAUCACUAUUCAGCUGCAAACUUUUCAACUCAUGUUAAAGAAGCACUUGACCUUCUUCAUGCAGAGGUGCCUAAAGUGUUGGUUAACCUGGUGGAAGUAAUGGACCCUUUACCCUUGAGACAGCUGUUUCUGGAUAGCAGGCUAUCAUGCCCCACACAUCUGGCAGAAGACCUCUGUAGCUGUGUUCUCCCCAUUCGAGAUGGCUCAUCUGAAAUGGUGAUGAUGAAAGAAGCAAUCAAAGCCUAUCAGAACAGCCUCCAAAAACUGGUGUGGAGUAACAUGUAUGACACUCGGGAGGAUUUUACAGUUGUAUUGCAGCCUUUCCUCCAGAUCACUGAAUUACCGCAUUUACAGGAUGGGCGUCCAGAUACUUCCUUCUUUGCACCUGACUGUUUUCACAUGAGUCAAAAAUCACACUCCCAGCUUGCCAAGGCCCUUUGGAACAACAUGCUUCAGCCUUUUGGAGAAAAAAACAUUUCCUUCAGUCUUAUGGUUAAUAUAACUCUGAGCUGUCCAACUCUGCAUCAACCCUUCCUGGGAACCUACAAGAACAGCAAUUGGACUCAUUCAUCUCCAGAUCCCACCAACCAGCCAGACAAGAACUGGGGUAGUGACCUAUUGUGCCCUAGACCAGCUGUAUCGAAAAACAUCCCAACAUCAGUACACAGACUGCAGCCAGGUGACAUACAAGUAGUAGCAGCACUGGGUGAUUCUUUGACGAGUGCCAUUGGAGUCAAAGCAACUGAUUUGAAUGAUCUACAUAUAACAUGGAGAGGUCUUUCCUGGAGCUCUGGAAGUGAUGGAAACUUGGAGAUGCAUACAACAUUACCUAAUGUUUUGAAAACAUUCAAUCCAAAACUCACUGGUUUUUCCACUGGCACCAAGAAGGAAACUGCAGGAUUCAAUGUGGCAGAAGCCGGGGCUGUAGCACCGAACCUCCCAGCCCAAGCCCAUGAACUGAUAAAGAGAAUGAAAAGCAGCCUGGACGUCAACUAUAAGGAAGAUUGGAAGUUAGUCACCAUUUUGAUUGGAGGCAAUGACCUGUGUCAGUAUUGCUUAGACAAGGAAACCUAUUCAGUGGAAAAAUAUGUAGAACACAUCCAGGACACUCUUGAUAUCCUUUACAAGGAGCUCCCUCGGGCCUUUGUCAACAUGGUAGAGAUAAUGGAACUCACUGGACUGCGUCAGAUAGAAAGGGAAGCAUCCGGAUGUGUUCUUUCAGGGGCGAGCCUUUGUCCCUGUUUUCUAAACCCUGUAGAAAAUUCCCCUGAACUACAAGAAAUGCAACAGACAAACAGAGAUUUUCAGGAUAAAACUGCUAUGUUGAUCUAUAGUGGCCGUUAUGCCCAACGGGAAGACUUUGCCGUUGUCCUACAGCCGUUUUUCCGAAACACCAUUGUGCCACUAAACAACGAUGGGAAACCAGACCUGAGUUUCUUUGCAAUAGAUUGCUUUCAUUUCUCAGAGCGAGGCCAUGCCGAGAUGGCGAUAGCACUCUGGAAUAACAUGCUGGAGCCAGUUGGACAUAAACAGUCAUACAAUAACUUCACAUAUGGGAGGACGAAACUCAAGUGUCCAACUACAGAACAGCCCUUUCUUUUCACAUCAAGAAACAGCAAAAUACAGAGUCCGGAAAAUGAGGCCGGGAGCGACGGAGACAGGGUGCCUUACUGGGCUGUGAUUGUGGCAGUAACAGCUGGAACUUUGGCAGGAUCCUUCCUUGUUUGGGUUUUGAUGACUCUGGGAAUCUGCAAACGCCGAAGGUUAGGCAGCUCAGCAACCACAGAGAACACAACACCAUUUUAAAUAUGCAGCACCAAGGAGAUAGAAAAAAAAAUCUCCCUCCACCAGGAUUGAAGGAGUGCCAACUAUGCAUCAUUACAGCUUUGCAAAUGAACUUUUUCUUCAAAGUAAAAGAAGAUCGAACAGCCAAGACAUCAUGGUGAUGGAUAACAGAUCAGAAUUUAGAGGAUAGGAUUUUAUAGAGUGGAAAAUUAGAGCAAGAACAUUGAAAAUUUAAUCUGGUUUCUCUGAUUUUAAGUAGGGCGAUAUUUUUACUACAUAAUUUCUGCGGCUCGUUCAUGAAGCAUUAUAGACUACUGGUAUUACUCUACCAUUUCUUUGAAUCCUUUUUUUAACCUCAGAAAAUAAGUGAGGAAGGAAACUACAAGGCUUUUGGAGCUAUAGCAUUGGCAAAUUUCAAUUUGGAUAUUUGUUAAUGGAACAGAGAUUCUAAGAUUUUGUACUGUGAUUAAAUAUUCAUGUUGCAUUCAUCCUAAAAGCAUUUACAGAGUCAGGAGGCUGUCUUAUUAAGUAAUAUUUUCUAAAUAAAUUUACAUCAACAUGUGUAAAUGAGCAUCUUACACAUCUAUUACAGUAUCCAAGUAUCAACAUUCCCCUAAAGCUGGGCUAAUAUUAAUUAAUAAUAUUAUGUGUCCUAUACACUACAGAGUGGGGUCAGCAUUUGAGUGAAUCGAUGCCCUAUGGUAAGCAACCUUCUCAGUAUUUAUUUUUCAAAUACUGAGAAUCAUAGAUAUGAAUGCUGACCUUUUAAUAAAAGCAGAAAAACCUGAACGAAAGAAAAAAUAAAAACACUAAGUAACAAAUUCUGGGGAGGGCUUAAUGAAUACAAUAGCCAGCAGUGUUUAAGAAUAAGGAAGAAUUAAUCAAAUUGCCAAACUGGCUAGAGAGUGAGUAAAAUAAAUACUAUUCAAAAAGUUAGGUUCUGUCUGUCCAUUUAUAUAAACAAACACAGUAUCUUUAAGGUUAAAAUUUUCCCAGAGAUGAGUCAAUGCAGGCUGAAUAUCCCUUAUCCAGAAAUCAAAUAUCCUCUAAAAUUCAACAGUGUCCACAUGGGUGGCCAAGGUAGCAAGACAUUUGCUUUCCGAUAGUUCAAGGUACACAAACUUUGCUUCAUACACAAAAUAAUUUAAAAUAUUGUGCAUAAAAUUGCCUUCAGGUUAUGUGUUUGUGUGUGUGUGAAACAUACAUGCAUUUUGUGUUUUGACUUGGGUCCCAUAUCCAAGCUGUCUCAUUAUGCACAUACAGUAUAUGCAAAUGCAGGUUUUCUAAAAUCCAAACAAACCACUUCUGGUCCUAAGCAUUUUAGAUAUGGGAUACUUAAUCUGUUUAUGUAGGUGAAACAUGGAGAACUAUAAAUAGUAGCUGUUAAAAUAGAAAAGGGUUAGUUAAAAGGAGCUUGAAACAGAAAUACUCUCCAGCAUUGAGAGAAGAGCAUUUCUUAGGGCCAAACAAGUUGAUGCUUCUUGAUUAGGUGCAUAAUCUUAGCAUAAUUUUGAAAAUUUCAAUGAAAAAUCAAAUAGAAAUAAAAAUUUAUUCUUACUGUUCAAAAUUAUUGGAUGUAAUUUAAUCUUCCAAGCAUAAGUAUUAAUCAUGUCAGGAUGCUCUAUGACAUAGGUGUAUGUACUUUGGUGGACACUGUGCAGAGAGGGCCCAGGAAGCCAUGCAGGCUUCAAAAGAUUUGGCUUCAAAAGAUUUGGCUAAAGAAAAAGGUCAAGAUUUGAUCUCUACAUUCCCAUUUUAAUGCAUCCAGCAUAACCAUGAUAUCUAAGGACCCUUCUACACAGGUCAUUAUGGAAUACAGAAGAAAUAGGGUUAAAAAGGGGGUGGUUAAAUGACAUUGGCUGAAAAUGCGCAAUGGAUUGCAUUAAUGGCCAAAAAACACGUGUUUAAAAAGUGUGCUUAAAAUUUGAUUUUGGCUGGAAAAUGCACUUAUUUGGAUUGCUGUUUACCUCUGCAAUCAAAGAAAACACAUGACUUUGUUCCUAUACACUGGUGUGGACUGUUCCAUGCUCUGGAACUCUCUGCAAACCAUUCCUUUGUUUUGAUGUUCAUGAAAUUAUGCAGAGCUUGAAUUUACACAGUGGGCACUAAUAUGACAGGCAAGUGACCCCAAAUGGAAAUGGGAUUCAAGAGGGCAAAUGUAAAUGUCAAGGCAACAGGAGGGUAAGGAGAAAUAAUGACAGGAAAAAUGCUUGUGUGCACAUUCAGAUACCCGCAUCAGUGCUUAUAAGGUCCAGCGCAUCUCGGAGAGUCAAUUUUUAAAAAUAAAAGUAAACUUCUGGAGGAUAUCCCCCAUCUAUCUUGCAGAUUUGUAAAACGUGCCAGGACACCAGGGGAGCAUUUACUGAGAUGAACAGCUCCAUGGUUGGAUCUGCUGCCAGGAACCAUUAUAUUUUGCCCCACUUAUUUGUAUCAGA